UUACCUCCCUCCAUCCGCGUCUCGGCGACCGCUCGCGACAGUCGUGCCGCUCCACUGUCCGCGCGACAAAAUCUAUUCGCGCCAAAAAAGUUUGCGAAACCACUCAAACUAGUCCGAAAAGUUUAAUUAAGUGAUUGUAGUGAAUUCGUGAACAUACUACCGAAAUGUGCAGUGAGUGAUCAUACCAAUGCGACUCGUUUUUAACUCGGAAUGCCUGUUGCAUAGUUUACUUUGUUGUGCUGUAACAUUGUGAGCGAUGUGUACGGUUUCUGCAUAGUUGGUACUCGUGCUGUGAUGGGUGUGUGAGAAUUGUUGGUGCUAUUUGUUUGGUUUAGAAAACGAAUGAGAUGGCGACGUUUUGGAUUUCCCCGGCGACUUGGCUGCUGAUCUGUGCAGUACUAGGAGCACAGGCAGCCUCAGAGGUGCCCCACGACGCACGGGAGGGCGAUGACGUCACGCUGGAGUGCCGCUUCACGCCGCAGUCGCCAUCUGCCGAGCCGCUCACGUACUACUGGGUGCGGACCACGCCGCUCAUGCACGACAACGUGGCCAUCGGGAACAUACCCCUGCAGAGCAACUACCAGAUCCAAUACUCGCCGCAAGAAGGGCGCUACGACCUGCUGAUCUCCAACACGACGUACGAGCGCGACAACGGGCGCUUCGAGUGCCGCAUCAAGGCGGGCGGGUCCGGCCGCGUGGUCCACGCGCAGGCGUACGCGCUGGUGGUGCUGAUCCCCCCGCGCGCGCCGCUGCUCACCCCCGGCCCGCACGCGCAUGCGCAGGAGGCGCAUGACCUGCAUCUGUCGUGCUCGACGGUUGGCGGGUCGCCGGAUCCGACUAUCAAAUGGUACCGCGAGGGUUCCCCCUACCAGCUGGAGGCCAACGUGACGAGCGCCAGGUCCCGCAGCGAGCCCACCGUGUCCACCCUCUCCCUGAGCCCCACACGUGAUGAUGAUGGCGCCAUCUACCGGUGCGUGGUGUGGAACCGCGCCAUGAACGAGGGGGAACAGCUGGAGGCCACCGUGGAUCUUAGUGUUAACUACUACCCGCGCGUGGAAGUCGGCCCCGAGAACCCGCUGAAGGUGGAGAAGGACGCGUCGGCCGCCAUGGAGUGCAAGGUGGACGCCAAGCCCAAGGCCACGAGCGUGCGCUGGACGCGCUCCGGCAAGUUCGUGUCCAACUCGCUGGUGCACACGGUCCACGGCGUGACCCAGGCCGACGCGGGCACCUACACCUGCACCGCCGACAACGGGCUCGGCCGCACCGGCGAGGCCGAGCUACUGCUGGAUGUUCUCUACCCGCCCACCGUCACCGUGCAGUCCAAGACCUACGAGUCCGAGGAGGGCGGCUCCGUGGAGAUCCGCUGCGAUAUUGUAGCCAAUCCCGACCCCAUCUCCAUCGAGUGGCUCCUAGAAGGAAAACCAGACUUCCGCCAGAAAGGCGACACUCUCCUGCUCACGAGGAUCAACGCUGAAAUGGCCGGCACGUACACAUGCAGAGCCGUUAAUAUCAUCUCCACAUCGGAUGGCAAAAGAACAGAGCGCGUGGGGACGGCGUCAGUGGCGGUGCUGGUGCGGCACCGGCCCGGGCGCGCGCACAUCACGCCGGACAAGCCCGUGGCGCAGGAGGGCACGGGCGUGACGCUGACCUGCUCCGCCAGCCCGCCCGGCUGGCCCGCGCCGCAGUACCGCUGGUUCCGCGACACGGCGCCGCAGGACGCCAAGCCGGCCGUGCUGGCCACCGGCAACAAGUACACCAUCCCCAGCGCGCACCUCGGCAGCGAGGGCGUGUACUACUGCCAGGCCACCAACGAGCUGGGCCACGGCGACCUCGCCUCCGUCGCGCUCGAGGUGCACCAGCCGCCGCGCUUCCAGACUAAACUUCAGCCGCACACCACUAAACGCUCCGGAGAGAAAGACUUUUCCGUCACUUGCAGCGCUCUCGGGAAGCCUAAGCCGAACAUAAAAUGGUUGAAGGAUAACUUGGAGCUCAAGCCCGACCUUAACUUGUAUGAAGUUAAGACAGACAUCACGGAGGGGAGAAAUGCAGUUUUCAACGUGCAAAGUACGCUAAAGUUUAAUGGAAACGCGCGGCCUAACACAAACCAAUUGUUGCCGGAAGAUAGGGGAGUUUAUUCCUGCACAUUUGAGAACGAGGUUAAGAAACUUGAGUCUUCCAUGCAUCUAAGGAUUGAACAUGAACCUAUUGCAAUCAAACAGAAACAUAAAGUAGCUUAUGACGUAUCCGAGACGGCAGACAUCGCGUGCCGCGUGCUCGCCUACCCGAAGCCCGAGUUCCAGUGGUUCUUCGGCUCCAACACCGCGCCGCUGCAGAUGUCCUCGGAGGGACACUACGAGAUCAACACCACCUCCAACAACAACGACUCCUACUUAUCAGUUUUAAAGAUAAAGAAUAUCAAAUCGCAAGACUACGGGGAAUACUACUGUAAAGUGCAGAACUCCCUGGGGACAAUCAGGCCGCAGAUUCGGUUGCAGGCGAAAGGUUCGCCCGACACGCCGCGCAGUCUGACGAGUAUAAAAGUUGGGCCGACGUUCGUGACGCUGAACUGGGAGGCGGGCUUCGACGGCGGGCUGUCAAGCACGAAGUACUUCGUGAUGUACAAGCGCGUGGGCGGCGCGGGCGGCGCGGCGGGCGCGGGCCAGCAGUGCGCGGCCGAGCGCAGCCACGACUCCGACUGGAUGGAGUACGACUGCGGCCGCGCCAACCCCUGCAACGUCACCCGCCUCGACCAACACGACAACUACUUAUUCAAGGUGAAGGCAGUGAACACGAAGGGUCAGAGUAACUACUCGAAUGAGAUAACGGUGACGACGAAGGUGGACACUAUUCCGGCACCGGAGCAAGUCACUUACGACCCGGCGACGAGGACCGUUGCGUUCAGCGUGGGCCCCACGUGCCUGGCGCUGGUGGGCGUGGCCGAGGGGCUGUCGGCGCCGCACCACCAGGAGCCCAAGUGGCAGGUCGUGGACACCGUGCAGGUCAACCUCCUCGGCAACGCACCCACGUUCCAGGAAGCACAGAUCGAGUACCCGCAGGCAUCGACGAAGCAGAGUCGCAACGGAGGCCGAAGCGUGUCGGACGCGCCUCUGGACGAGUUGAACCCGCGGCUGAAGCUCAAGCUGUGUCUGCGCAUCUCGCCCGACCACUGCAGCGACUACACCGAGGCUGAGAUUGGCCCGUCGUACAUCAAGGAGGCGUCAGCUCUGACGGUACCGAAGGUGAUCGCCUUUGUGGUGUCGAGUCUUGCGUUCCUGCUGUUCCUGAGCCUGAUCUUCGUGUACUGCCGGUGCAAGAAGAACGUGAAGCAGAAGGACAGCGGCAAGGACUACGAGACCGACUCCAUGCGGCCCUCCAUGGUGACUCAGCAGAACCAGGCGCCGCCGCCCUACUACGCUAGCACGGGAAUGGAGAACAAAGCGCUGGAAAUGUACCAGCCAAUGGACGACUCCAAGAGCGCAGUGUACGCGUCGCAGGGCGGCUUCCGCUACCACGUGGCGCCGCACUCCGCGCAAAACCUCACCAAUGCCGACUGGCGCAACGAGGCUUACAUCGAGCACAGCUACACCAACUCUAACAACGCGGGCAGCGUGCACUCCCAGGAGUCGCUAUGGCAGAUCAAGCUAGUGCCGCCGACCAAUGGCGUGGUGGGGAUGCCACCCCCACACCAGAUGAUGGACCGACAGAGCAACUACGAGUAUAACGCGAUAGGCCGCGGGGGGUACGGCAACAUGGACGACUAUGAGACCUACCCCCACAUGGCGCCGCAGAAUGGGCCCGAUGCGUACAACAGGAGCAGUCAGAAUCCGUCCAGACAAGACUACUGCUCCGAUCCCUACGCGUCCGUGCACAAGCCUAAAAAACGCAUGGAGCAACAUAUGGAGUCCCAAUACCACGAAGUGAGCGGUCUCCCAGAGGCUUACGGCGGCAGCGGGGGUGAGCCGAGCGUGGCGGGGGGUGAGGAGAAGCCCCCCCACCUGUCCGUCAGUUAUGAUGAGAGCCUGGAGUCAGGGUACUCCACCCCCAACUCGAGGGCCCGACGGGUUAUCAGGGAGAUUAUUGUCUGAAGAACGCCUUUAGCCCCUUACCAGUAAAAACAGACUGACAAUUUCUAGGAAGCCUUCAUUGGGAAGUGUUUUCAGUUAAUUUUAAAUAGGCACUAAAAACGUGUUUUCCGCUUUUUUGUUUUAGUAAACACAUACAUCUUUCUUAUAUAAUAUGGAAUACUAAGUACAUUAUUGAAUUUCACUUCCCAACGGAGUUUUUGGGAAAAACAAGCAAUCUGUGAGUUGGUAUGGUGGCUAUGUGGCUGAUCAAUUUAUGGUGCACGAUUAUAAUGAACUUAUGGACUCUGAGAAGUCAAUCUUAGCAUAAGGACCGGACUUUUAACGCAUGUAUUACAAAUAAAUCGGAUUAUCUCUUGCAAACUAUGUUAGUAACUUGCAAAGAUAAGUAAGAAACAUGGAAUAACCGAAGUCAUUCGUUUCAGUCGAUAAACUAAUGAUACGAAACAGUUUUUUUUAACGUCAUGAAAGUGUUAUUUCAUUAUUUUAUGUAAAUAUAGGUAAGCCCUAAUUUGAUAUUAGACUUAUUAAUGUAUGACUGUCUUCACAAAAACUACACACUGCACAUUUUGCAUUGUGUUUAAUAGAUUUAAAAAACUACCUAAUAAAUACAUCGAAUAUACUAUUUUAUUCAAUUUAAAAAUCAUUUUCAACUGAUCUCUUGUUGCCCAUCUGCACUUGAAUAUAAUGUCUAUAACUUCUUUCCACUAUAAGUUCGAUAGGUCUGGUCAACGAAAAAUAGACAGUGACAACAAAUGUAGAAGGUGGAUAAAUUGAGAAAUACUCAGUGAAUAGUACCUAUGUACGUAUGGUAUUAUACAGGUGUUGCAUAAGUGGUUUCUAAGCCAAAAGGAGGUGAAUCUAAGAGUCUUUCUGAACAACUUUAAUUCUACAACUUUUGGAAAUUCGUGAAAAAAAAACUAAGAACCUAAGUAUGUAUAGUUCCCAUAGUAGCAAGACUAGCAAGUCACGCGACCAAAAAAUUUCGAGUUCGCGAAUAUUCAAGUGUCGUAACUAGAGCACAAGUUUGUACUUUGGGCUUAGUAUACAACUAUUGCAACAUCCUGUAUAGCAACUAUUUUUUUUAUAACGAUAGUGCAUUCGACGUAAGAACUUUGAAGUCACUAUCGUUUUGGAAACGAUGAAUAGGUAAUGCGAGUGCAGCUUUUAACGGCACACCAUUGUAAAUCAUUAGACUCACACACUAUGAAGGAAGUGUUUAUCAAUUUAUCUAUUUAUGCACCUUGACUUGACCUUUAUUUAAGCACAUCAAUGGCCAGAUCGGUUAAAGAGAUAUUGUUGAAAGUAAGAACCUAAACCUAUACAACCGAUGUGUUGUGAUGUUGUGUCAAUUGUGAUAAAAUAAACAAACAUGAUAUUUAUGUUAAUGCUUUAAAUUAUCAUAGAAAGUAUGUAGGUUCAAAUGUCCACUUCAUUGUCUGCUUAUUGAAACUAAAAAGUUAUACCGAUAUCACAUUCCACGGGGAAAGACAUCUGAUACAAACACUAUUUACUUAACACUCUAUUGAUUAUAUUUUUAGCGAUCUGUUAUAUCGAUUCAUGUGACAUAAUGUCAAAAUUGGACCGACAUUUUAAUACAAAACAAAUGAAUUCGCCGUAUUAUAUGCAUAAUGAUGUUGAUAAUUGGUAAAACCUACAUGACUUUUUAAUUUUACAGCGCACGUGAAUUUAAUAUUGCUCUGGGCCCUAAGUGUAGGUUUUUUAUUACCGAUCGAGAAGUGAAAUUCAACGCAGAAUAAAUUGUAUACCGUGGAGCUAGUACAGCUUACUUACGACUUUCCCCGCGCCAUACAAAUUCACGUCGAAUGGUGUAAAAACUCACACUCAGGGCCCUGAAGCUAUGACGUUAUAACGAAUCUCGUUAUCGAUAUUUUAUGGUAUAAAAA